AUGGUUCUCGCCAUGCUUGGGGCUCUGUUCCCCAGGGCCUGGCUGAACCUCUUCCUCCUCUACCUCGUCCUGGUGGCCGCAUUCCUCGGGCCCCAACCACUGAAGCAACGGCGAGCUGUAUUCGAGGAACUUUCAGGUCCCCUGGAGCUCCGAGAGCCACUUCCUGGCCUGAUGGAUGACUAUGGGAUUCGGCCCAAGCACCCCUGGCCACGGGGGCCUCGGCCUCUGCUCUCCCGGGCUCAACAGCGCAAGCGGGAUGGGCCAGACAUGGCCGAGUAUUAUUACGAUGCAUAA